AUGAUCUUCCACAGUCCUUCACGAUUCACCGUGUCGAAGGCUUUCGUCAGGUCCACGAAGGUAGAGUACAGGUGGGUCCGCAUCUCCUGACACUUCUCCUCAUAUAUAUAUGUCGAAGUCGAAUGUGUGCUUUGGGAAAGGAAGUUUAUUGUGCAAAUUUUUGACGCCCGUUCCCCGAGUCGUCGUCAGGCACAGACGGAAAGCAAAUGCUUUAGACUACUCGUUUUGCAAGCAAGCACAUGCCACACAACCUGAGCCAUCCUCCGUCCACAACCUGUCAUCUAAGCAGCUGACAGACGACCAGAUUAAAGUGCUUCAGCACGAAUCGGGAUACAACACAGAGGACGCACAACCAGUGGAUUUUAUCGCUGCACUUGAGGCGACACUCUCAAAGACGAAGGCCACAGAGGACACCAAGAACUCGAUUCGCCAACGAGUCGCAUCGCUCAUCAUAUCCCACAGGUCACGUCGAACCAUCUCCCCAGUCGAGGUAAAUGCCCUUAAAGAAUUAAAGGGGGACGAAGAAAUUGUGUUUGUCCCAGCAAACAAAGGACGGGCAACCGUGAUCCUGGACAAGUCAGAGUACGUAGCGAAAGCUCAGGAGCUACUCAACGAUAACCAGUCAUACAAAGUCAUUGAGUCCGACCCAAUUAAAACACUUGUGACAAAAAUCAACAAAAAUCUGAGUCUAAUGAGGAACCAACAGGCAAUACCUGAGACCGAUUGGCGACAGAUGAAACCGCAAGAUGCUGCCAUAGCACGCUUCUAUGGUCUGCCAAAGAUCCGCAAACCAAACGUUCCCUUACGGCCAAUUGUGGCGCUGAAAGGCACACCUACCUACGGUCUGGCUAAAUGGCUUACCAAACAUCUGAAGAAGCUGACGGAGGGCUCAGAACACACGGCUGUAUCCCCAGCACACUUCCUGGAAAGACUCCGAGGCGUCAAAAUAGCCCCCAACGAAAUAAUGGUGUCCUUCGACGUCGUCUCUCUUUUCACCUCCAUCCCGAAAGAAUUAACCACGAGGGUCAUAAGUGACCUACUGGAGAAGAGGUACGAUGAAGAGGAAAGACGCCUGGAAAGGAAGCACAUAAUGGAGCUACUGGACUACUGUUUGAGCACGUACUUUACUUUUAAUGGCCAGGUGUACGAGCAAAUCCAGGGAACUCCGAUGGGAUCACCAAUCUCCGGCUACCUAGCUGAGGCGGUCCUACAAGAACUGGAAAUACGGGUCUUUCAGUCCUACAUGCUCAAAUUCUGGAUGCGCUAUGGGAAUGACACCUUUGUCAUCCUACCUCGAGACAUGAAAGAAACGUUCAAAAGCAAAUUGAACUCAAUUUUCCUUGAAGUCCAAUUCCCAAUGGAGGAAGAAAAGGACGGAGAAAUCCCCUUUCUGGAUGUCCAGGUGUCGAGACAGGAAGACGGAGCACUCCAGACUGGUGUCUUUCGAAAGGCGACCGAUACGGCGAAAACCCUCCAUUACAGCAGUUACCGCCCCUUGUCACAUAAACACAGUUGCGUGCGGACAUUCAUCCUACGCAUUAACACACACUGCAGCACAGAGGCUGAAAAGCUGCGAGAGCGUAAAUCCCUAUGGCGUCUCUUUCUCUCCAAUGGGUACCCACGCAGCUUCAUAAACAAAUGCCUGUAG